AGUGGCUGCAGGAGAAUUCGGGAUUGCCAGCUUUGGAUUGACAUGGCCAGGAGCUUCGUCGAACCCAAGCCAGGAAGAUAUUGGGCCAUCUGAUAAUCGAGAGUGCAGAAAGCAGACACAGCGGUCUCACCCCCUUUGAGGAGCGCAUCGCCUGGGCCCUCCGUCUCGUACCGGUCGCAGUCGGCAGCUCGCCAUGUUUGCGCGGCGCAUAUCAUGAACUCCAGAACAUCCUCCUACUCCUCCCAGCAGCCAUCACGCCGCCCGAAUCUCACCAACCGCCUCUCGACCGCCUUCUCCAGCGCUGAGAGGGGUGAGCUCUCCGACGAGCCGGGCGUCACCGCAGAGCACCAGAUCGAGGAGGAGAUCGCGGAGAUUAAAAGAUAUGAGGACUUUACAACAAUAGAUUGGGUGCAGGAUGCGGCGCGCGAGCAGCUUCGCAGGAACGCGCGGCGGCGGCGGCGGCAAGCCAACGUCUACGACAACAGCUACGUAGGCUGGAGGAGCUGGGCGGCCGAGUCGUACGAGGCGGCCCAGGGCUGGAUCGUCGUCACUAUCAUUGGCGCCGCCAUCGGGCUCAACGCCGCCUUUCUCAACAUCGUCACCGAGUGGCUAUCCGACAUCAGGCUGGGCCACUGCAAGACAGCCUUCUACCUGAACGAGAACUUUUGCUGCUGGGGAGAGGACAACGGGUGUGCGGACUGGCAGCCAUGGACUGGCUUCGGGCCCAUCAACUACAUCAUCUACAUUCUCUUCGCGACCCUGUUCGCGUUCAUCGCGGCAACGCUCGUCAAGGCUUUUGCCCCUUAUGCGGCCGGCUCUGGUAUAUCGGAGAUCAAAUGCAUCAUCGCGGGGUUUGUGAUGAAGGGGUUCCUUGGCUUCUGGACGCUGCUUAUCAAGUCGAUUUGCCUGCCGCUCGCCAUCGGGUCUGGCCUGUCGGUGGGCAAGGAGGGGCCAAGCGUGCACUACGCCGUCUGUACAGGCAACGUCAUAUCGCGCAUGUUCGACAAGUACCGCCGCAAUGCAUCCAAGACGCGCGAAAUCCUCAGCGCCUGCGCCGCCGCCGGUGUGGCCGUUGCCUUUGGAAGCCCCAUCGGCGGCGUCCUAUUCUCGCUCGAAGAGAUGUCGAGCUAUUUCCCGCUCAAGACGCUGUGGAGAAGUUAUUUUUGCGCCCUCGUCGCCACGGCUGUGCUAGCCGCCAUGAACCCGUUCCGCACCGGCCAGCUGGUCAUGUUCCAGGUCCAUUAUGAUCGCUCGUGGCACUUUUUCGAGGUUGCCUUCUUCGCCAUCAUCGGUAUCUUCGGCGGCCUCUACGGCGCCUUUGUCAUCAAGUGGAAUCUGCGCGUGCAGGCAUUCCGCAAAAAGUACCUGACCCAGCACGCCGUUCUUGAGGCGACGCUUUUGGCCACGGCCACGGCCAUCAUAUGCUACCCCAACGCCUUCCUCCGCAUAGAGAUGACGGAGAGCAUGGAGAUUCUGUUCCUUGAGUGCGAAGGCGCCGAGGACUAUCACGGCCUAUGCGAGCCCAAGAACCGGGGUUGGAACAUCAUGUCCUUGAUCAUCGCGACAGUGCUGCGAGUUUUCUUCGUCAUCAUCUCGUACGGAUGCAAGGUGCCCGCAGGCAUCUUUGUGCCGUCCAUGGCCAUCGGCGCGUCUUUUGGCCGAGCGGUGGGAACCGUGGUGCAGGCGCUUCAGGAGGCGUACCCGGGCAGUGUCUUUUUCUCGUCAUGCCAGCCAGAUGUGCCGUGCAUAACCCCCGGGACGUACGCGUUUCUGGGUGCUGCGGCGGCUCUGAGCGGCAUCAUGCACAUCACCGUAUCGGUCGUGGUCAUCAUGUUCGAGCUCACGGGUGCGCUCAACUACAUCCUCCCGACCAUGAUCGUGGUCGGCAUCACAAAGGCGGUCAGCGAGGUGUGUGGCAAGGGCGGCAUCGCGGACCGCAUGAUCUGGUUCAGCGGCUUUCCUUUCCUAGACAGCAAGGAGGAACACAACUUCGGGGUACCCGUUUCGGCUGUCAUGACGCCCGACGUGGACGCUAUUCCCGUGUCAGGCAUGACCAUGGAGGCGGUCGAACGCCUUCUCGACAAGGACAACUACCAGGGCUUCCCGGUCGUUGAUGACGAUGUCAGGGGCGACGACAGCGCCAGCAUAGCCGACACGCUGGCCGACGGUAUCGGCACCGGCGCUGGCCAGGAAGGCUCUCGCCCUGGACGCAUCCUCGUCGGGUUCAUUGGGCGAACGGAGCUGCGAUAUGCGGUUGACAGGUUCAAGCGCGAAAACCAUGUCAGGCCUUCAGCCAGGUGUACAUUUUUGCCGCCUACAAGGCGCGCCUCGGCGACGCCGAUAACGCCCACCAUGGCACUCGGCGACGUCCCCUUAGACGGCCUGGGUGCUAGUGUCGGCGGUGGUGACCCCAGCAGCUCGGUUAACUUUUCAAGGUAUGUCGACUCGACACCGGUGACAGUGCACCCGCGUUUGCCACUGGAGACGGUCAUGGAACUCUUCCGUAAGAUCGGCCCGCGGGUAAUCCUGAUCGAGUACCGCGGCCAGCUGUUGGGCCUCGUCACAGUCAAGGACUGCCUCAAGUACCAGUUCAAGGCCGAGGCGGCCGAGAGCGGCCACGUCAGUAGCAACUCUCGUGGCGACGACAAACAGGAACGCCUCUGGUUCCUCCUCAGGGGUGCGGUAUGGUGGGUGGGCGACAAGGUAUCGCUCGCUUCUGGAGGGCGCAUCCGGCUAAGUGGGAGCUUCGACGAGCCUCGGUGCGCAAGGGGACAGGGCGACAGGGUCGGGGACGACCGUGACCAUGAAGGCAGUGGACAGAUCCUGGAUGGCACCGAAGAUGUCGGGCACGAGGAAGGGGUAGAGCUGACGAGUAGAUGAGGCUGUAGUUGUGUUGGGUGUAACGAUAUUGGUUUGGGUACAAUUCUCGUGCGGUUACGUCUUUGGACUGCCCAUGCAUUCGGAAUGGGUUAUAUAGAAGUAUAUCCGUUGAUUUCAAUGACAUUUCCUCCAUAUGUGCUGUGUGCGUAAAGUUCAAGCAUCCUCACACCCUGAGACGAAAAAAAGGUGACAAGAAAUACAAGACUAGGUUUCACCCAUAACGGG